AUGGCAGAUGUAAGAGAAAAACUACAAGUAAUUGUAUUUUCCCUGUGUUUGGACCUGGCUUUCAAAGAAGCUUUGAGUUUCAAAAACAAGUUGGAUGGUCCUCUUAACUUCAGUUGUCGAUCCCCAAAUAAAUUCAUUGAUGCAAUAGUAUCAUUCCAUAGCAAUCAUUAUGAAGACAGAAGAUACGAACUCCUUUGUGGUACAGCUCUAAAACAUGGGAGGGAUGUAAAUUGUCAUUGGACAGGAUACGUCAACGACUUUGAUAAUGCAGUCCACUACCGAUGUCCUGGUGCCGGGUACAUCAACGGCAUGGCAAGCUAUCACCACAAUGCUUAUGACGAUAGACGCCAUAAAUUUCAUUAUCAAUACAAACAGUGUCGUUGGACGGGCUGGGUAAAUCAUUAUGACCAGCCAGUGGUAUAUUUUGUACCAAAAGGUUAUGUCCUGCGUGGAGUCAAUAGUGUCCAUCACAACCAUAAUGGGUUUAGCACACAUAUUCCCUCAUAA